UUUGAUUUUAUGGGAACAUAAUAUUUUGAUAAACAGCUCUUCCUUCGGAAUCUCCCUCUCUCUCUCUCGCUCAACUCGGCGCACGGAAAUGCACGGCAGGCCAAGGAAAGCUUCGAAGCCAGAAGACGCAGAAGCUUCAGCCGCCAAAACUUCAAACCUCCGAUCCCUUCAAUCUCAGCUCCUCCAUUAUCAUCACGACCAUAUCUAUACCAAGGACGCCGUAGAUGUCAGCGCGAAGCUUCUCGAGAUCAAUCCCGAAUGGCAGACUGCUUGGAAUUAUCGGAAGCUCGCAGUGGAGCACAUGCUUAAGCAAUCCGAGUCUGAUCCAGAUUCCAUCAAGUCUAUUUUAGAUGUUGAACUCAAAGUUGUAGAGAGUGCACUGAGACAGAAUUUUAAGUCUUAUGGACCUUGGCAUCAUCGUAAAUGGGUUUUAAACAAGGGUCACGCAUCUAUAGAUCGUGAAUUGAGGCUUCUGGAUCAGUUCCAGAAGGCCGAUUCUCGGAAUUUCCAUGCUUGGGCUUAUCGGAGAUUUGUUGCAGCGAUGAAGAAAAUACCACACGAGGAGGAAUUGAAGUUCACAACAGAGAUGGUCAAUACCAAUUUCAGCAAUUAUUCUGCUUGGCACAAUCGUAGCAUACUUCUCUCCCAGUUGCUUGACAAAGGAGUUCAAGGAUUUGUUCCAAAGGAAAAGGUUUUAAUAGAGGAGUAUGAGCUUGUCCACCAAGCUCUUUUUACUGACCCAGAUGAUCAAAGUGGUUGGUUUUAUCAUCUUUGGCUACUUGAUCAGACAGUUAAAACAGAGACUCCUCUGCUGGUCUCUUCCUGGCCUGCCCAUCACUCUGAUCUUACUGUGUCUGUGGAUGGGAGCUUGGAUGGUUCUUUGUCCCCAUUUGCAAUUGUUAACUCUCAUUAUGGAACAUUUCCUCUCAUUCUUUAUUUUAGUCAAGCCGUUAAAGGUGUGAACUCAUCUACAGUAACUGUUGAAUCUGUGUUUAACGUGAAGGAAGAUCUUAUUUGGAGGCCAAUUUCAGCAACUAGCUGUGGUGCUGCCAAAGGUUGGGUGACCCAACUAAAUAUAUCUGAUCACUCUUCAAAAGCUUAUCCUGUGGAGGUUAGUGUGGGACAUUUGCAGGGCAUCAUUUCGUCGUCUGGUGCUCAUUAUACCCAUCCUUCUCGGUUUUCAUUUACCGUGUGUGUUCAGCCUCAUGAUGCAAAACACGCUGAGGGGCAAGGCGAAGAAAUGAUCUUGUGGAGAGAUGAAAAUUUUCAUAUUUGUGAAACAUGUUCUCAGGAAUCAGGCCUGAUUACUUCUUUUGGUCAAACACAAAUUUAUCAGGAACAUGAACCUUCAGCGCCAAAGUGGCAAGCAGAGACUAUUGCUAAUGAGACGGCUCUAUUCCGGGAGUUGCUGUCGGUGAUAAAUUGCAAAAUUGGAAUGCUUUCACUUGCAAGAUUGUUGACAGCACAUGAUGUGAUGAUGUCUUUCAACACCACUCCAUUUUCAUACAAAACAGGCCAUUCUAAAGAAAUUCUAGAAUUAUUUAGCGAGUUAAUGAAGCUGGACCCAUCGCAUUCUCGAUACUACAAGGAUGAACACAGCUUAGUCUUAUUGCGACAGGUUUCUUCUGAUCGAGAGUAUUUGCUUAGACACUGCUUUCACUAUAGAAACUCAUCCUCACCAAGUAUUGGUAGUUUUAUCUGCCUACGACUAAAUAAUUUAUCAUUAACACGUAUUGGAUCAGUUGAGCAAUUAUUGUGGGUGCAGAUGCUAGAUCUCAGCCACAAUGAACUCCAGUCAAUCGAAGGAUUGGAGGCUAUGCAGCGUCUCACUUGUUUGAACCUAAGUAACAAUAGAAUCAGUAGUUUUUUGGCUCUUGAGCCUUUGAAACUGCUGAAGUCAUUAGAAGUGUUGGACAUCUCUUACAAUGAGAUUGGUGCACACUCAAUUGACACAAGAAGGUAUUUGUGCCCCUCUCCUUUGUCUCAUACAGUAGGAGAUGAUUGGAAGUUGGAUGAAAAAAAUGCUACUAGUGGUGUUGACAUGGCAAACUACUGGGAAGCCCUAUUGAUUUUUAAAGGCAUGAAUUUGAAACAACUAGAUAUUAUGGGAAAUGCAAUCCCUCAUGGAAAUUUUAAGUCAUUUGUGGCCAAGAUUCUGCCUAAACUUAAGUGGCUCAAUGGUCAAAAUUUGUAUUAAUCUUCAAUUUUCUUCCCCUGGUAGCUUUCUCCUUUUAUUUCCUCACUGUUCAUAUACUCUAAGGUGUACCAUGUUUCUGUUCUUAUUUUCAAGAAUCUGUUGUAAAAACAUUUUUCUUGUGUCAAUAUCUUAAUCUCAAUAGAACAAGGAAUGUUCAUGACCCAA